CUUUCGGCUCGCACUGCAGAGUUUUAGGAAGAAUAAAAGUGUACAAAAAAAGAGGGAGUGGAAGUGGUUGCGAAAACUUCCUCGUAACCGGAGAUGUGUUGUCACUGCUGUCCACCAUGAACCGGGCUACAGGACCAGCUGUGAGGCGUCCCAGUCUGCUGUUUCUCAAGAGCCCCACACAGACACUUCCCAGAAUCUGAUUUAUGAAAUACAUUCGGGGGAGUUAAGAGGACAGGCCGUCAGAGUUAGCUGUCUCUCGGUGACUAUGUUUCAGUUUUGGGCGAACAGGUUUCGAAAAUAUGCAGCCGACGGGGGCAGAGGAUUUGAAGGGAUGGCAAACCCCGGCUACUGCACCGGGAGCUUUGACGGCCUUCAUCACCCCAGUGACGAUGAUGAUGAUGAGAUGGUGGACAUCGCGGGAGCCACACUGGACUUCUCCAGCACGGACGACGUCCCUCCUCUCAGCACAGGUUAUGAGGAGUACAGCAGCGGCAGCAGAGCAGCCGGAAUGAACGGUAACGGCCCCAGUAAGCUUGUGGACCCGCUGGAGGACCCACUGCCCGGAGUGGGCACCUAUGAGGAUUUCAACACCAUCGACUGGGUCAGAGAGAAAAGCAAGGACCGAGACCGACACAGAGAGAUCACCAAUAAGAGCAGACAGUCGACUCUGGCUCUGCUGCGCAGCAUCAGUGAUGCCUUCUCUGGAUGGCUGCUCAUGCUGCUGGUGGGGCUCAUGUCAGGAGCUCUAGCCGGUGGCAUCGACAUCGCUGCUCACUGGCUGACAGACAUGAAAGGCGGGGUGUGUCUCAUUGGCUUCUGGUUCAACCAUGAGCACUGCUGCUGGACGUCCAACGAGACGACGUUCCAGGAGAGAGACCGGUGUCCGCAGUGGCAGAGCUGGGCUGAGCUCAUAACGGGGACAUCAGAGGGUGCGUUUGCCUACAUUGUGAACUAUCUGAUGUACAUCUUCUGGGCUCUGCUCUUCUCUUUCCUGGCAGUCACACUGGUCAGGGCCUUUGCUCCAUAUGCAUGUGGCUCAGGAAUACCUGAGAUUAAAACCAUCCUUAGUGGGUUCAUCAUCCGCGGCUACCUUGGGAAGUGGACCCUCAUCAUCAAGACCAUCACUCUGGUUUUAGCCGUCUCCUCUGGGCUUAGUUUAGGAAAGGAGGGCCCCCUGGUCCAUGUAGCCUGCUGCUGCGCUAAUAUACUGUGUCAUCUGUUCACCAAAUACCGAAAGAAUGAGGCCAAACGGCGAGAGGUAUUAUCAGCAGCAGCAGCAGUUGGUGUGUCUGUGGCCUUCGGUGCUCCCAUAGGGGGAGUCCUGUUCAGCCUGGAAGAAGUGAGUUAUUACUUCCCUCUGAAGACUCUGUGGCGUUCCUUCUUUGCUGCGCUGGUUGCAGCUUUCACGCUGCGCUCCAUCAACCCGUUUGGAAACAGCCGUCUCGUGCUGUUUUAUGUGGAGUUCCAUGCUCCAUGGCACCUGAUGGAGCUGGCCCCUUUCAUUCUGCUGGGGAUAUUUGGAGGCCUCUGGGGGGCGCUGUUUAUCAAGGCCAACAUUGCCUGGUGCAGGAGACGGAAAACCACCCGUCUUGGUCACUACCCCGUCAUCGAGGUGCUGGUGGUCGCCGCGCUGACUGCCUUGCUCGCCUAUCCAAACAGCUACACCAGAAUGAGUGGAGCUGAGCUCAUCUCCGAGCUGUUUAACGACUGCUCCCUGCUCGACUCCUCUCAACUCUGUGGCUACAAACAGCCGACCAACACAUCGGAAACAGGUGUAGGUAACAGCCUGGCGGACCGACCUGCAGGAGAACGCCUUUACACCGCUCUGUGGCAGCUGGCACUGGCCUUAGUUUUCAAGAUGAUGAUCACUGUGAUUACCUUUGGCAUGAAGGUUCCUUCUGGUCUGUUCAUUCCCAGCAUGGCAGUUGGAGCCAUAGCCGGCAGACUGCUGGGCGUCGGCAUGGAGCAGCUGGCCUACUACAACCACGACUCGUUCAUCUUUAAAGGGUGGUGCUCACCGGGAGCAGACUGCAUCACACCGGGGCUCUACGCUAUGGUUGGAGCCGCCGCAUGUUUAGGUGGAGUGACUCGUAUGACGGUGUCGCUGGUAGUCAUCAUGUUUGAGCUGACUGGCGGGCUGGAGUACAUCGUUCCCCUCAUGGCUGCGACCAUGACCAGCAAAUGGGUGGCAGAUGCUUUCGGAAGAGAGGGGAUCUAUGAGGCUCACAUCCGGCUGAAUGGAUACCCGUUCCUGGAGCCAAAAGAGGAGUUUGAGCACAGCAGCCUGGCUGUGGAUGUGAUGAGGCCCAGGAGGUCGGACCCUGCACUGGCUGUGCUAACACAGGAGGGCAUGACUGUAGGGGAGGUGGAGGCCUUGGUGGAGAGCACACACUACAGUGGUUUCCCUGUGGUUGUCUCUCAGGAGUCCCAGAGGCUCGUAGGAUUUGUACUCAGAAGAGACCUGCUCAUAUCAAUAGACAACGCCCGGAAGCGUCAGGAGGGUGUCGUCAGCGCUUCCCAGGUGGUGUUUACUGAGCAUGCUCCUUCCCAGGCUCCUGAUGCCCCGCCUCCCCUCCGCCUCAGAGGGAUCAUGGACCUGAGCCCCUUCACGGUUACUGACCACACACCCAUGGAUAUCACUGUGGAUAUUUUCAGGAAACUGGGGCUACGCCAGUGCCUAGUUACACAUAAUGGGAGGCUGCUGGGAAUCAUCACUAAAAAGGACAUACUGAAACACAUGGCGCAGAUAGCCAACAGAGACCCCGACUCCAUCCUCUUCAACUGAACUUCUUCAUCCUCCCUCUUCCUCAUCCCUCCAUCCUUUCCUUUGUGAAGGACACCAGCUUGUACAGUGGAACGAAAUGCACCUUUACCUCUUCAACUCUAAAAAGCUGUUCAGAGAAAGCCAAGUAAGUCGAGCUCCAUUUGCACAGGUGACGAGAGAACAAUGGAUUUUUUUUCUCUUUAUUUUUUGUGAGUUGGAGGCGUUUUUGGCUUUCUGUAAACGAGUGCACCACUGGAAAAAAAAAAAAGCGCUCAGAAACAGUGACUCAUCCCUUCUGACACUGCUGGCCCCAAUUUCAUGUUCGACCCAGAAGGAUGUAGGACAGAUACACAAGAGAAACAAGUCAGUGGAAUAUUUCACAUCUGCUCCUUUUGUUUUUUGUUUUUUGUUUUUAAAUUCUCCUUCUCUUUUCGAAAUCUGAAAUUCAGCGGGAGUGUAAAUCAGCCACUCCCUCUGAAUUCUCUCUCCUCCAUUCGCCAUCUUGUUUCUCUGCUACACCUGAGAGAAAGAAAACAGUUAAAAGGAGGUGGGAACAGAUAAUCCUCUGUUAUAGAUACUGACAAGAGGAGACGAGGUGGAGGAGGAGAAAAUAAAGACAUCGGGGAAGAUAAAGAGAGGUUCGGGGAGCUCCGUGCCUGCCCUCCGGCCGUCACAGCGAGCCCAGACAGAGCACUCUGAGCUGGGCUGAUGGAUGCUUGGACACCUCCUCUCUUCCCUCCCUCCAUGUGGUUUCCUGUAGCCCCAGGGUGAAGGACAGGAGUGUGAGAAGAGGAUCUAACGCACUCAUACUUACACUCCAUAAAGACUCCAUGACAGCCUGGGAACCCUCCAGAAAUGUCUUUUUGUUAUAUAGACGUUUGAGAUUUGUGAUCCGCCGUGAGACCGGGAAGCCUGGGAACUAUGCAGUGUUGUCUUGUGUUGCCACACGGCCUCUCAGUUUGGCAAUACGACAAUCAUAUUCUCAUCUACGGUUCACACAUAUACACAUAGACAGUUCUGCAAAAACUAUGUCAUGCCUUAUGAAGGGGUUACGUAUUUCUGAGCUGAUGUAGAAGGGCUAAAACAUGCAACAAGAGAGAAUCAUGACAUAAAUUAAUUUAUGUAAAUGUAAAAUUGUUUGUCCCACUAAAUUAUUUCACUGA